UUGAGUAUUGAACAGGCCCAGGCUGUGGCAGAGCAGGUUGAGAUGAAGGCGAAGGUGGUACAAUCUGAAGUCAAAGCAGUGACUACAAGACAUAAGAAGGCUUUGGAAGAGCGGGAGUGUGAGCUGCUCUGGAAGGUGGAAAAGAUUCGUCAAGUCAAGGCUAAAUCACUGUACUUGCAAGUUGAAAAGUUGCGUCAGAACCUAAAUAAGCUGGACUUUUGGCAGGUCCUGGAGGAGGGUCGCACCAUGGAUAUUCUUCUGGCUCGGGACCGCAUGCUGGCUCAGGUGCAGGAGCUGAAGAAUGUGAGAGGCCUUCUCCAGCCACAGGAAGAUGACAGGAUCAUGUUCACCCCCCCUGACCAGGCAUUGUACAUGGCCAUUAAAUCAAUGGGCUUUGUCAGCAGCGGGGCUUUCGCUCCUCUGACCAAAGCCACUGGGGAAGGCCUCAAGCGUGCGCUGCAGGGCAAAGUGGCCUCUUUCACAGUGAUAGGCUACGACCAUGAUGGUGAGCCUCGCCUUUCGGGAGGUGACAUGAUCUCUGCAGUGGUGAUGGGCCCGGAUGGAAACCUUUUUGGGGCAGAUGUCAGCGAUCAGCAGAACGGGACCUACCUGGUCAGCUACCGUCCACAGCUAGAGGGAGAGCACCUGGUAUCUGUGAUGAUGUGCAACCAACACAUUGAGAACAGCCCCUUCAAAGUUCUGGUGAAAUCUGGGCGCAGCUACAUAGGCAUCGGGCUGCCAGGGCUGACCUUUGGCAGCGAAGGAGACAGCGACGGCAAACUCUGCCGCCCCUGGGGGGUUAGUGUGGACAAAGAAGGCUACAUCAUCGUCGCCGACCGCAGUAACAACCGCAUCCAGGUGUUCAAACCGUGCGGGACCUUCCAUCACAAGUUCGGCACGCUGGGCUCCCGGCCGGGCCAGUUUGAUCGGCCUGCUGGCGUGGCCUGUGACAUCUCACGUAGGAUCGUCGUGGCUGACAAGGACAAUCAUCGCAUCCAGAUCUUCACGUUUGAGGGGCAGUUCAUUCUGAAGUUUGGGGAGAAAGGAACAAAGAAUGGGCAAUUCAAUUACCCAUGGGAUGUGGCCGUCAACGCGGAGGGCAAGAUCCUGGUCUCUGACACGAGGAACCAUCGCGUUCAGCUGUUUGGGCCCGACGGCGUGUUUCUGAACAAGUACGGCUUCGAAGGGGCACUCUGGAAGCACUUUGAUUCCCCCAGAGGUGUGACUUUCAAUCACGAGGGCCACUUGGUAGUGACAGACUUCAACAACCAUCGCCUUCUGGUCAUCCAUCCCGAUUGCCAGUCUGCACGCUUUUUGGGCUCAGAGGGCACCGGGAACGGUCAGUUCCUGCGCCCACAGGGAGUGGCGGUGGAUCAAGAGGGGCGCAUCAUUGUGGCCGAUUCCAGGAACCACCGGGUGCAGAUAUUUGAGUCCAAUGGUAGCUUUUUAUGCAAGUUUGGCACUCAGGGAAGUGGCUUUGGUCAGAUGGACCGUCCUUCAGGUAUAGCCGUCACCCCUGAUGGCAUGAUUGUUGUGGUCGACUUUGGAAACAAUCGAAUUCUCGUCUUCUAAUCUGUGUUUGAAUUGGGAAGAAACUGUCUCAGGGAAAUUCUUCUAAG